GCUUUUUGUUCAGCACAGAAUUCAACCAUGAGCGCAAUGGAAACCGAUGAGCCUUCGGUCGUCUUGUCGUCGACGACAAGCUCUGGCCUUUCAGUAUCUCUACACCCAUUGCCAAUCCUCAACGUCUCGGAGCACCUAACAAGGCUGAAGCUCCAGAAGAACGAUACAAACCCGUUCGUCCUGGGCGCCUUGCUGGGUACACAGACCGGACGAGAAGUCGAGAUCGUCAACACCUUUGAACUGGCCACUGAAGCCGAUGGGAGUACCGUGGACCAUGGAUUUCUCGUCUCUCGACGUGACCAAUAUAAACAGGUCUUCCCAUCGCUAGAGUUCAUCGGUUGGUACACCGUGGCUCCUAAACCCACUGCUCGACAUAUCGCUUUGCAUGAACAGUUCACAGGAUACUGCUCAACGCCACUCCUCCUGCUCCUCCAACCCUCCUUAUCCCUAGGCGGCGGCGUCAACUCCCAAACUCUCCCUUUCAAAGCAUACGAACCGACAGUUGAAAUCAAAGAGCGCACAUCGCGGAGCGUGUUUGUGGAGGUCCCGUAUAACGUGGAGACGGGUGAGGCGGAGCGAAUUGCUGUGGAUUGGACCGCGAGGGGCGGCGGUAGUGGGACGAGCUUGGAAUCCCAUUUGAGCACCCAACGAUCAGCGGUUAAGAUGUUGCACGAGCGCAUACUGCUACUCGUGAAAUACGUCGCAGAUGUGAUAGCAGGAACUGCAAAGAAGGAUCACGACACUCUUCGAUCCCUGGCCGCACUCGUUGCCUCACUCCCAGCUUCGGAAAACAAAGCCUUCAGAGAAGAAUUCGAUACCGAAUACGAGGAUGUGCAGCUCACGUCGUUCCUCUCGAGCUUGACCAAGUCCACCAACAUUUUGAACGACCUCGUCGACAAGCACAUUCUCCUCACUUCAAGUCGAGAAGACCGACCUGGUGGUUUCCGCAGGCGAGGCGGCAGGCAGGGUACGAUAGACUGGGGAGAUCGCCUCCACUAAGGCAGAAUGACAGCACGACUUUCACCUCCUAACCUCUUACCACGCUCGUCGUACAAACGUCCUUUCGAACCCGUUCACACUUCCCAUAUUCGAGCCCCCAAUGCACGUCAAACCCAUUGAAAUUGUAACAACACGUUCAAAUCUCAACCAAUACACUCGCAUGCACCCG